AUGCUUCGCGAAGAAACGGAGAGCGAGAGGGUCGAUUACAGAGUCGCCAGAGACGACGGCCACGCGAUAAAUAAUCACCGCAAGGGGUCGGACUUUCUUCACCUCGGUCAGAAAUAUUCAGAUAUCGAUAAAAGAGCGCAAGAGAGGAAAGAAUUCUUUACCGAGGUCGCAGGAGACGAGACGGAAGACGAAGAACGGGAAAUUGAUGAGGAUCAAAGCGAAGAAGAGGACACAGAGCGGCGGGAGAUAGACAGGAGCAGGAAGGAGAAGGGCGAAGAACAAGAGCCGGAAGAAAGAGAGAACAAAGACGAGCAAGGAAUUCGGGAGAACAGGCAGAUCGGGGAGUGCGCGAUCUGCCACAUUAUCGUCGACGACGCGAACCUCGGCGGCAGCAUCGUCGAUUCCGAGGAAAAUCCGCGCAACACCGAAGGCUGUGUGUUGUGUCAGCGUUGCGUGCGGAAGUUUUCGAUUCGUUCAGGCGCGGAAUACCUUCAGCCUCGAAAAUCGCACGGCAGUCUCUAUCAAAACAACGACCGUGGUCGCGCACGCUCCAGGAAAACGUACGACUCGCCGAUCGCGAUGUACCUGCAGCCACCUGCGCCACAGCAGGUGUAUUCGUCGCAGCCGCGUCGCGACCAGUGGGCCAACUUCGCCAGGAUGAGUCGUCCUGAAGAGGCGAGCGAGACGCCCGAUUACGAAGCGAUAUCGGACGCUGUCUCGUACGUCGCCGUCGAUCGCGAGCGAGCCGAUCCGCGGGAGGUACGAGGAAGACAGUGCCAACAGCAGCACGGCUAUUGCGACCUGUCGACGCGGAGGAACGACGCGGAUCGAUACAGCGCCGAGAUUAAGGUCAAAAGCCUGGCGUCCGUUGACUACUCCCGCAGACCCAUACGUUGUCCCCGUCUGGAUUGCUCGGUGAACGUCGCCUUCUCGGCGCUCACCCAUCACUUCCUCUUCGACCACCCCGAGGUGCCCAUUCUCAGCGUCGAGCCCGGCGCCGAGAGCACGCUCGUUGUCAGCUACGAAGCUCUCUCGUGCGACUCCAGUCGAUGCUUGGCUCUCUUACUAGUCUCCGGAAAGCUCUCAGACUCGUCAGCGAGGCUGUUCGGUGGUAAUCAGAUCAACCCGAAAUAUCGGAAUCGGCUGCCGUUGCCGGUGCUGGCCGCGCGCCUGCACGGCAAUCGUUACGCCUGCUGCGAGGAGGUGCACGCCGGCGGAGAAGGCCAGUGCGAGAAGGACGUGAUCAUCGCCUGGGUGGCGGGACUCGACAUGGGCGACGCUUCGGCCCAGGACAGGCUUCGAUGCAGUAUCCAGGCCGUGGACAGCAUCGAGAACGGGGGCUUCCGUUCGCUGACGUACACGGGCCCGGUGACGUCCCUCAGAAGCGCCCAAUGCCCGCGCGACGUCCUCCUGGCCGGCGACUGUAUAGUUCUUCACGAAGGACUGAUCGGCCACAUCACGUCCGGCUGCACCAGUCUCAAUGUAAAUGUCAUUGUACACUAAAGCGCUGUCGCGUGUCGCCGCACGGUGUGUCCG